GAUCAACAGAUUUUGAAUUUCAGCUACGUUUUCACGGAUGAUAUAGACCGGCAAAGUUGAAUAUUAAAAAAGUAAACAUUUGACUUUUUUGUGUUUAUAUCGAAGGCUAUUUGCUGUAACCCGGAAACAAGUGUUUCAAUUUUCUAUAAUACAUCAUUUUCGGAAGAACGGUGUAAUAAUUUUUUUUCCUCUUGCGUACCAAACGGUGUCUGGAAGAAACAGGGAAGAAAACGCCGUCCAGUGAUCGCCUGCGGUGUGUAUGUGUGCGUUUGGUGAAUUGUAGCUGCCAACCUGCAUGCCAGGGUCGGCUGCAGCAGCAGUUUAUUAACGUCGGUACAGCGCAAAACGAUCGCAACAUAAACAUUCAACAAAGGUGUGCAGAAAAAAAACUAACGCGAAACGUUAGAAGAAAGCUCAGGCUUUCACGUUGUCGAGCCGGUUGGGCGUGGUUCUUGUGAGGAAAAAAUUAGUUCAAAACAUUUUUUAACAUUAACUGAUUGUUAUCAGCGAACGGAAAGUUUAUUGUUUAACGACAAAUUUUGAUUCCAUUGAUCACAGCGAAUCAUCCUAAGUGCCUAAAACUUAAACUUUUAUGUGUGAGAAUUUAACCGAAAGGGACGAAGGUUUAACGGAUAUCAUAUUGGAAGUUGUUACAGGUCUUAACUCAGUGAUCUUUUGAACGCAAUUUUUCUAUGUCUGCUGGUGGCGUCCGUUCACUACCACUAGUCGACCCUAUUGGUCUGAUGCUGCUGGAUGCGCCUUGCUCAAGAGAAGUCCAUUCCGAUCCAUUAGCAGCGCCGAUUUACCUCCAUCAUCAUCACCAUCCGGAUAUCGAGUGCUUGCUGACCGCCGAUCCAGCGUCGAGAAGAUCCAAUAGCGUCUCGGUUAAUAAUUGAGACUCGCGAGUUCACUGCCUAACACUUUGAAUCUUAUUGCCUGGGCUUAAGAAGAUACGGAAUUCAAAAAACGAGAGAAGUGUAAUAGCAGAGUUGUAUUUGUGGUUAUUUCCUAUGUGCCUACGUGUUCGUGAAUAAGAAAAGCAGAAGAAAAUUUACAAUCUUCUCGAAAAGCUCUAACCUGUGGGAUUAGAAAGAGCACCAGCAUUAACAAUGUUGAAAUUCAUACGAGGAAAAGGCCAACAACCUUCGGUCGAGCGGCAGAAGCUGCAGAAGGAGUUAUUUGCAUUCCGCAGGACUGCCCAGCAUGGCUUUCCGAAUAAGCCGUCCGCAUUGGCAUACGAUCCUAUGAGUAAGUUGAUGGCCAUCGGUACCAACAGUGGCAUUAUCAAAGUUUUUGGAAGGCCCGGAGUUGAGUUCUAUGGUCAGCAUCCUGCAACGACAAAUGCUUCUGAUUCGAUUGUACAACUGCUAGAAUGGAUCCCUGGAAGUGGUCGUCUGUUGUCGCUGACUGCAUCGAAUCAGUUAAUCCUGUGGGAACCCACUGGAACGGUGCUGGUUCCCAUCAAGACCCUACCGUUCGAUGGUAAAUUGAAAAAGAUUUCGUCGUUGUGCUGCUCGUACAUGAAAGAUACGGUAUGGAUUGGAACAGAGGGCGGCAAUGUGUAUCAGUUUGAUAUAAAAAGUUUUUCUGUAAGAGAACCAGUUAUCUAUCACGAUGUUGUACUUGAGCAGUUACCACAGUCGUACAAAUUGAAUCCUGGAGCAAUUGAAUCAGUAAAACAGUUGCCUAAUAAUCAUAACCAACUAUUGAUCGCAUACAAUCGAGGUCUGACGGUGCUUUGGGACUUGGAAGCAUGCAACGUUAAACAAUCGUUCAUUUCACCUGGCCACGGCCAAAGUGUUGGUCUGUUUAUAUCGCCUUGUGGAACACAGUUUACCUGGUAUCAUGCAGACGGAUCCUUCGCAACAUGGGAUUUAGAUAGCGUAAUUCCACCGGAAAAUCAGAAGUACGUACCAUAUGGUCCUGAUCCGUGUAAGGCGAUAGAUCGUUUAGUUCGUGGAAAGCGAGGAUUGUAUGAGCUCGUUGUAUUCUCGGGAGGUAUGCCAAGAUCUGCAUACGGUGAACAUCAAUGUGUUUCUGUACACUGCCGAGAUGGAACAAAGCUUGCUUUUGAUUUCACAUCCAAAGUGAUAGAUUUCUUCGUUACAUUUAAUGAUGAACAUCCUGAGCAAGCCGAGGUUUUGAUAGUGCUGCUGGAGGAAGAACUAGUUGCUUAUGAUUUAACAGACGAAACACUACCUCAAAUCAAUGCCCCUUAUCUUCACUCGCUUCAUGCUUCUGCCGUUACUUGCAAUCAUCUAGUGUCUCAGGUGUCCAGCGAGGUUUAUGAGAAAAUUCAACGUGCUGGCGAGGCUCAGCUAGCGGAUUAUAGUUCCAGUCCAUGGCCUAUCAAUGGCGGAACAAUACCAGAAACUAACGAAGAAGAACGUUCCGAAUUCGAUAUAUUGAUCACUGGCCACGAGGAUGGAUCGGUUAAAUUUUGGGAUUGUUCUGAAGUUUGCUUGACACCUUUGCUGCAUGUAAAAACAGCCCCACUAUUCAACAACAGCGACGAUUUCGACAAUCAUUUGAGCACUUCCAGUGAGCAGCUGGAUGACGGAGAACCUCCUUUCCGGAAGGCUGGUCAAUUUGAUCCUUAUUCGGACGAUCCUAGGUUGGCUGUCAAGAAAGUUCAGUUGUGUCCAAAAACAGGCACACUGAUAAUUGCCGGUACCGCUGGAAAUGUGGUAAUUGCCAACUUUGACGCUGCUACUGAAGAACCAGGAUUAAUGAAGGUGACAACCAUGAAUCUGGUUUGCGAUCGUGAUGGAUUUGUAUGGAAAGGACACGAUCAGCUGAAGGUUAAGAGACAAUUAUUGGAAGAGAACCAACCUGUACUGGAAGGUGUAAACUUUACCAGCGUUUUGCAAAUUCUACCACCCGCUGCUGUAACUUGUAUUGCGGUACAGAGCCAGUGGAGUCUAGUGGCUGCCGGGACUGCCCAUGGUCUUGUACUUUUCGAUUAUCACAGCCAGAGUCCAGUGUUGCAUAAAUGCACCUUGAAUCCCAACGAUUUAACCGGCGCCGGAGAGACUUUAUCACGACGUAAAUCUUUCAAGAAAACACUUCGAGAGUCAUUCCGUCGGCUACGAAAAGGCCGUUCUACACGUAAUAAUCCGGGAACGCAAGCCACGACGCCAGCGGAAACACGCCCCGUGGAACGACAAAUCGAAGCCCGACCGGUAGAUGACGGAAUGGGAUCAAUGGUACGUUGUUUGACCUUCGCGCAGACAUUCGUAACCAAUCAGCAGCACACAAUUCCAACCCUCUGGUCCGGAACCAACUCUAGUUGCGUUUCUGUGUUUGUGCUGCACGUUCCCGUCCGUCCGCCGCCGGUGCAAAGCAAUGAGGCUAACGUCGAUAACGAUGCUCCACCACCUAAACCUAUCACUGGGCAACUCGCGAAAGAAAUUCAAUUGAAGCAUCGUGCACCAGUCAUUGGGAUCGCAAUAUUUGAUCACCAUGGAGUUCCUCUUGAAUUCCAAACAUCUCCUGGACCAGGACCUCAUAAGGUACUUAUCGCUUCAGAAGAACAAUUCAAAGUUUUUUCACUUCCACAAUUGAAGCCUGUCAAUAAAUACAAAUUAACAGCCCACGAAGGAGCCAGAGUUCGUCGUAUUUCCUUCGCCACAUUUUCCUGCAACGUUCCAGCACAUCAAUUGCAACAUAGCCCAUCGAAGGCGGGAGCUCGGUCAGUUACCGAAGCUUCACCCGCUUCUUCUCCUUCCGCCGAAGCUUUGAACACUAGUAGCAGGACAGAUGUCGGUACUGCACCAGAAGUUCUUGUGCAUACGGAAAUCAGUUUACUCUGUCUGACGAACCUUGGCGAUUGCUUGGUUUUGUCAAUUCCCGAGCUUAAACGACAACUUAACGCGGCAGCAGUUCGACGCGAGGAUAUCAAUGGAAUUUCCUCCCUCUGUUUUACUAAUCAUGGCGAAGCUUUGUAUAUGAUGUCAUCAUCCGAGGUGCAGCGAAUCACAUUGUCUACUUCCAAAAUUGUUUCUCCAACCGGAUUCAUUGAAUUAGAGGAUUGGUCCCAUACAGAAGACGAAGAAGAGGGUCUAGAAGCAGCAGUGUUAGUUGAGGGAGACGAACCACAACCGCUCGGCCAAAGCUCUCCAAAGACAGCAGGUAGUGAGGGUAAGAUAGUAAAUGAAGCUCCUGCUGCUCCCCUUACAGUUAUGGUAACUACCAUCAACGGAACGGGAUCUGCUGGAGCAAGCGGAGAUGGUCUAACCAAUGGGGUCGGCAGUGGGGAUGAUGCAUCACCACACAAGGCCAAUGAAACUAUAACCAGCUCGAUCGGCGAUAUCACAAUCGACUCGGUGCGUGAUCACCUUAAUUCAACAACUUCCACGCUACACUCGACUACCACGGAGGAGAUUAUUGGUCGCUUAUCGGUGCUAAGCACUCAUUCGAACAAUGUGUCGUCGUCAGCCAAGACUACCGAAAUAACUGCUCUCAAUUCAUCGAAUAUCAAAGAUUUGAAGCAUGUUGGUGACUCCACGGAAACCGCUUCGAAUUCUGUGGUUAUAAAAUCUGUUAUCACAACCGUUAAGCACGGAAUCGGGCACGUAAAUGGAGAGCACAAUUCGUCGGCAACUACGACGACUGAGAGCAGUAAAGCGACAGCGAUUACAUCUGGCGGAACUGGACCCUCGCUUCCGCUGCUGCGAAAGGAAAGCAAAUUUUAACGAACGCUUUCCGAGACAAGUAUCGACGACAAACCUGCAGCACACGUAUAAGACCACACCCACAACCAUGAGUAGUUGUCGUUGUUCAAGUUUGAGUUAGUUUAUUUACUAUAGUUUUAAUGUAAGACGCGUUCCAGAGUGGUAAGUAUUUUAUGAUAUAUCUUUUAUUUUUCCAUGUGUUGUGUGCAUUCGCUCAAUAAAAACGUUCAGAUAACUUUUGUUCAACUGUAAACAAUGAAACAAGAAAUGGAAACUGGUAUAUAUUCAUUUGGUUUAUCGAAAGCAUUUACAAUUUAUAUUUUUAACUAAUGAAUAAACCAAAACCAUUUUUAGGUUGCGAGUCAUGUAAAAUGAGCUUUAUCACAUAUCAUUUGUUUAACAGCCAGAGCAGAUGCCUAAAUAGUGCGACAUUAUUGAAAAAUUAACACAAAGCCGUACAUGCCUCAAUCGUUGACGAGUUGGGCCAAACUUACAUACUUAUGAAUUUUUAUUUAUCUAUUUGUAGGAAGCAAAAAACGCUUCCACUUACAACGACGGUAUUUAAAUACGAUAAUAAAUAGCAUGACCACUUUUAAACGAAUGUUAAGCUUUAAAAGCUGUCUGGAGUACGCGUGUCUUAUUAAAUAAAACAAAAAAAUAAUCUGUAAGAUUUCGGGUGAAGUUUGAGCCCCUCUGAAUCUAACAAUGUAACUUUGUUGGCAACGUAUUGAAAUACAUAAUUUAAACUCUAUGCACGCAAAACGAAAACAUAAUUAUAUUUUCAUCUUUGUGAUCCUGUCGAUCUGUUGUUGCCUUGAAUACAUUUUACAAUUUUCUUUUGGCAGAACAGUAUAGAGCAGUCGAUCGUACACAAUCGGUAUUUAUAUAUAUCACUUAUACAAGUUGUAGCAGUAUUUUGGAUGCAAUUUACAGAGUACUAAGAUACUUUUAUCUAGGAAAAGUUUAAAUAAAUGUCUAUUAAGUUUUAGUGGUAAAACGGAA